UUAAAAAGUUAAAAUAUCUUGAAGAUCCAAGGGAAUUUCAUAACUACGCUCUUUAUUUACGAGCUCAUCAUCCAGAAUAUUACGCCAAAAAUUUUAAAGCAAUUAAUGAUCACUACAAUAAAUUGAUAAGUGCAACUGAAGCUAAACGGUUUUCAUCGAAUACAAGAACCUCAAAUAAUAAUGAACAACGGAAUAAUGUAUCCAAUAGUCCUGGACCGAGAACCCCUAUGCAGCAUGAUGGUUUAUAUAGAUGGCUUCCUAGAAUACCUCAGGACAAUAAUGCUAGUCCAUCGAGACCAAAAUCCGAACAAAAAGCUGGUAGAGCACGCUCUAGAUUAUUGAUUAGCACUGUGAGUCUAAAAGACGAAGCUUACGAAAAAGUUAUAAGAGCAAUUUCGGAUGCAGAAACAGUUAGGACGAAUCCUGAUCUAGCUCGGGCCCGCAAGUGUUUCACUCUAGGAUAUAACAAUACCAAUGGUUCAUGUCAAUCAGAGCCUGAAGUAAUUAAACUAGCUUCUAACGAAACAAUUUGCGGCUCUUAUUUUGAACUUGGAUGUCAAUAUCAGUUAAAUCAAGAUUUAUGUGUUGCAGCAAUGGAUGAAGUUAUGAAAAAUACAAGCUUGAAUUGUGAUUUCAAUAUUAAUGGUGAUAGUGAAUUGAUGAGUGUCCAGUGUUGCAUGGCUUGUAAAAGCGGCAUAAAUACAGCAAUAUUCAAAGAUAGUUGUGAUAUGCAUUUGGACAAUUCUAUGCCAAGUUUUGCCCAAGAGAAAUGUUGCAACAUUUUCUCAAAUCAAAACGCAUCUGUUUCAACUACAGAAUCAAUUCCAACCUCUUUUGAACCGGAUUCAAUGUAUACAAUUUAUGAUUUAGAUGACCAGGUUUCCAAUAGUACAACAUUCAAACUCAGCAAUUCAUUAGAUUCAACUACAGAAUCAAUAAAACCGGGGUUCCUGAAUGAAGUUGUUGUCCAUUUGGAGGAUCGGGUUUCCAAUAAUGAAACAAACAAACUCGGAAUAGACAGUUCAACAGUACCCGAAACUUCAACAUUACCAACUACUACUACUAACUGAACCAGCAACUACGACUUCUACUACAACUACUACAUCACCAAGGCCGCCAGAAACAACAACCACAGAACCAACCAUAAAGCCUCUCGCACUGCGAUCAUAUGACCCACAACAGCGACUGAAACAACAAAUACUAUAACACCAAGACUUUGAUACUGGUAGCGCUCGGGACCCUGGUACAUCGAGUGAUUCCGAUAUAAUAUAACAAAGAAAUUAAGAAUCAAAAAUCGAAAUUAAAAAUUUCCCGACUUUUUUGGUUCAAUUAAUGAUAGCAAUUUAUUCUCCAUCGUUGAUAAUCACUGAUCAGAUCGCAUGAUGAUCCGGUAUGUUUAAAAAAAAUUGAAAGCAUUUCAACAAGUUGAGUGGUUUUGUAAAAAACAGCUGAAAUGUUAAAUCUUUAGCUCACAAUUUGUCAGUCUAUGGUGUUGACAAUUUUUAAGGCAAUUUUAAAUUGGUUUAUUCCAAUAUUAUGGAUAAGUUUAUAAGAAAUGUCGAUAAUUGUGAUAAUAAUUUAAUACGGAUGAUUAUAAUAAUAAAAUGGAUGGGAGAACUCAUUUUGAAGCUUACUUUAGGAGUUGGAUUAUCAAUUUGGUUCUUAAAAGAAGAAGAAGAAUCCAAAUAAACUAAUCAGCUCGGUAUUCGUUUACAAGAACUAAAUUGUUGAAAAUGGGCCUCACUUAAGACAUGAACAAACAAUAAUCAUUAUCAUAAUCAUUAACAUGAUCAACAUCAAUAUUUUCAUCAUCAUAAAUUCACAUAGAGCAAAGAUAAUAAGCCACUUGAAUCAGAAUCAUUAUAAUGUUGAAACUGUUAAGACUCUACAUCUCUCUGUGUUGUGUUGCCUUUGAAACCUCCCACUCUGCCUUUCCCUCUAGCUCUCUCUCUGCUCUCCAUUUGUCUCUCUUCAACCUCAGUAUUUAUAACGACACCACUAAUAAUUCAUCACUUUAUUUUGCACCCACAAAUUGACAUAGGCACUUCCUCUUCCUCCCCUUAUUUCUUGUGUUUCCUGUCUUCAUGUUUCAAAUAAUUUCCCCUUUUAUUUGUUUUUUUGUUCAACUUUAUUUCCAACUAAUGUGUGUUUUUUUUGGUUGUUAUUUAUUUAUUUUUUUGAAUCCAGCGCAUCAACGGUAAACACAAACAAGUACGCAAAUCUGAAACUGAUCGAGUUGGAAGUCUAGAUCUAGACACUUAAAAUUAAACAUCGUUGCCAGAUCUAUCUCUUCCAGCUCUCUCAGGAUUCAGCCAUACUCAGUAUUUCAUCGUCAUCAACAGUGUGCUUCAUAUUUUAUUGUUAUAAUCGGUGAGAGUCAAGGUGGAGAAGUAGUCUCUUCACUUUGAAUAAUGGUAAGUGAGAUUCAACUCCUCCAACUUAUUUUCUCACUGAUAAAUCAUCUUUAACCCGAUCCAAAGACAUGGUUGGAUUUCAAGCUGAGAUUGUUGUUUUGCAAGAAAUGAAAUUUAUUGUGAUUGGAAAUUUGCGUUUGAAGCAGACCUAAACUUAUAUGAAAAAAUGGAUGAAGAAGACCGAUCUAAAGCUGAUUUCCUGGUAAUUUUGAAAAAAGAACUGGAAAUGGACAGUGAUACAUGGUACAAAGAUUUUACUUUGAAUAUUACUUUAAGAAGGAAUAUUCAAUGUAAUUGAGAAGUCAAAAUUGAAAAAGCCAAUGCUGAAGAUGGUGUUUAAACAUUAACCGAAAAAGAUUUCAAACCUAAACCAGAUUCAUUCUUUUAAUCGAUGGCAAACUAAUUCAACCUCAAACUAUCCAAUACUCAGUUUCUUGUAAUAUCAAACAAUAUAAAUAUUAUUAAUACAAGUAUACAGUUAACCUGACUUUUAGGUAAGAAAUUUAUGGUGAAUUAAAAUUCAAGAAAUUAUUCUUGUUAUACUCAACUUGGAUGUUUUGAUUUGAAAUUUUUCGAGAAAUUUAAAUAAAAUUAUUUUAUUGUGCUUU